AACAGCUGAUCAUAAUAUAUUGCCCGCAUCAUGUUUAACUAGCAAAUUCCUCAGUGUAAUCAACAUUCAAUAACAGUAAACACUACAUAUGUAACUCCCGGAACACUAUGCUCUUUGUGGCGUGAAUAUGAUGCUUCAUCUUCUUAUCUUCUGCCUGCUAAUAUUCAUAAUUGUUUACUGGAUCCUGCCCACUUGUAUUAGUUGGUACUUGGUCCGGCGGUUUCGGGUCAGAGUUCGGAUUGGCCGGAUUUCGUUGCCAUAUUUGUCUCUCAAGAAUGUCCAUAUCAGCAAAAGUGGAUUCUCGGUGCAAAUCGAGGAGGUGUGCUUACGCAGCAGCUUCUUCACCACCGAGGUGACAAAGCUCUUGUCCAUCUACAUCCGUGACAUACGCAUCAACAAGGAUAUACACCGGUGGCAGGAUGACCCCCAGGAUUUCUACGAGCUCCCACGUUCCGGGGCCGAAGCGGCUCAAAAGGCAGAGGCAGCGGGUGUGCCCGAUUUCCGGCAAACCAAAGUUCCAGCUAGCAUUAUCACCUUCGCCCAGUUUAUGGCCGUGCAUGUGAACAACAUAUCGGUGGUGCUGAUGAACAAUGACUUCGAUCCGGGUUGGUUCAUCCAUGCUACUGCAAAGGAGCUUCAUCUGGACGGGAGUAUUGUGCAAAAUGCUCGGGUUCUGUUGGUGAAUGCGGCCCUAAGCGAGGCCCAGGCCAAAAUGCUAAGGCAUUGCAGCUCCCGUCGCCAGUCGCUGGAGAAUCUGAACAAUAUUCGGCCCUGCCUGGGCGAGGUCAGCUUUGAUGUGACCCUAGAUGCCUCACUAUUUGCCCAUGGACCUCUUUCCAUGGAUACCCUCAGUCUGGUGAUAAACAAUGCCAAAUCCGUGAUACAUGGUGGACUCUACGAGUUCAUAAGCGAGGCCAAGCAAAGGACGACGAGUGAUCAGCAAUCGCGAAGGCUACAGCUUGCCUUUGCACCGUCCAAGGGCUCCUAUGAUAACGACAAUUACGAGAAACUAGCUCCUAUUAUACCAAAGACCUUUAACUUUAGCAUCAAGGCGGCUACGUUUUCGGCAGUGAAGGAGAACUCGCAGAAUGAUUUCAGUGCCAAGUUGCAGUUGCUUCAGAUUACUGGGGAAUUCAACUCCAAAUCCACGGAUGAGACAAACCUGUUGCCCUCCAUGCUGGGCAAAUUGGUGUUUCAACAUUUGGAUAUUGACACCAAAUACGAGAAGCUUUUGUUUGUAGAACAAUUCACUAUAGACUCUGUGCUGGAGAAUGACAUCUUCAAUCUGUACGUUAAGCUCAAGACAUUCCAAAUCAUCUACAAUCACAGCGAGAUCUAUGACUUUGUCAACAAUAACUUUUUGGCCCGUCAACGAUCAGGGAGCUCACAACCCCUGAACUUGAUUCACAAACAGAAAUCUCUGCCAGAUCAUCUGUACUUGGACACGGCUGCUGACAAAUGUCUGCGGGCCAAGCAGCGCCGGGAGGGCGGAGUUCUCGAGUGGAUUAUGCAACGGAUUGUGGUCACAGGCAUUGCGGAGCUGUUUAAUGUCUCACUGCUAAUGAAAUUGGAGGAUGAGCACAUUGCCAUGAGCGUGAGUCACACGCGGUUCCUAUUAAAGCAAAUCGAGGAGAAGAGGAGCUCUGUGUAUGAGAAUAAGUUCUUGAAUCUGCUGUUGGGCCAGCGACAAUGGAGCAUGGAGCUUAUGGUGGAGACCCUGUGGUCCAAUUUGGGUAAUUCCAUAAAUGAUACCAACAACCUGAAGAAGACCCAUUCGCCCGGUUCCCCAUUUUUCCUGGGCGUUAGCCUAGUCAAACUCUGUUCGUAUGCCAACACCACCAAGUUGGACAUCUCGGUGCACACUUUCCGCACGGAAUACAGCAUGCAACUGGCCGAAUUUGUGGUCAAGUCGAUGCAAUGCCUCAAUCAAUACCGGGGUCUAGACACAAAGAGAGCAAAAUCUAGUCCAACACAGCUGGCAAGCAAACAGCCAUCACCUCCGUCUACCUCAUUACGAUUGUCGGUUAAAAUCAAAGACAUUACCGCCUAUUUUGUGAACCACCACAAUGUCUACAUGCUGUUGAGUUUCUCGGAGCUUAGCUUGAGCCGAGCUCAGCACAUCGCCACCCUGAAGCUGGAGGAGUUCCAAAUGGCUAUUAUGCGUUCGAUGACGGCAUCGUCCCUCUGCCUAACCGACUUCUCCGAUGUGUUUGCCAACUGCAAGAUGAUCCGGCUGGAGCAUGAGCAGCUGGAGGGCACGUUGGGCAAGCUUUCCGUUUACAUUCCCGGCAAUACGGAUGCCACUUGGAACUCCAAUCUGCACAUGCAUCUGCUCACUCUAGUCAGAGAUAUGCUGGACUUGAAAACAGAGCUGGCAUUGCCGGCCUCACCCGAAAAGAAAUCCCUGCCCAGAGGUGGCCUAGUGGUGGAAUUCUCUGCCGAGCGGAGCACCAACUUCGAGAUAAAGCUAUCGCACCAGCACUCGGUUCAAAUCCUAGCCGAGGGUCUCUUCUUCAGCAACAAGGAGCGCAACAUGAUCUAUGCGGUGAACGUGUUUGUCAACAUCGACGAACAGCACAUCUUUACGGUGAAGGAGCUGGACAUGCAGUCGGUGCCGCGCUUGGAAGUACUUGCCCACGAACGGCAAAACUUUCCGGGCUUCCAGCUGCCCUCCAACAAGGUGUGGGUCACCACGAUCGGUUCCUUCAAGGCCAUAUUCCCAUACGAUCAUGAUUUCUACAAUGCCAUCAACGGAGAACUGGUCUCCCACUUCAAGUGGCUAAAGCUGGUGCACAACUACAAGAAGAAGCCGUUUACGGUGGACUCUCCACUGCCCAGCGACUUGGUAAUUAAGAUAAAGGAGUUCCUUCUCGAAAUCAGCGAUGAUCCGUUUGAGGUUAAGCUGCGGGACAACUAUGUCCUGUUGGUGGAUGAAUAUCUUGAAAGCUUGAAGAGGAAGGCCUUGUUCGACAAGAAGAUUGCCGAGCGGUUGUCGGAACGCUUACUCUUUGCAGCUGGCCACAUCGAGAAUCUCUAUGCCAACCUGGUCAAGAAGAGCUCCGAAAUCUAUAUACAGCGCUCGAAGAAGAUCCGGGAGAGUGGUCCAGUGAGAACCCGUUUGCUGGCCUGGAUCAUGACGGAUGUGGAGAUCAUGGCCAUGGCGGACACCUCGAUUCAUGGCUACGAGAAUGUGACGCGAACCAUGCGGGAAAUCGAUCACGAAAGUCCCUGGCCGGAGGAGGGACUGGAGUUCACCACCCUGUGGUGUCGAGGUGUCAACAUUAGCUGCUCCGAGUGGAAGUUCAUGCUGAGGGACUUCCCGCAACCCAUGUUCUAUGUAAAGAGCAUGCGUCUCUACGGAAAUCUAUGCGGAGCGGAGCAGAUGGGUUCCAAGCGUGCCCGUCGCGAUGUCUUCAUCGAUGUUGGUGAUCCCUUUGGGACUGAUGUGGUCCAGCGCAGUAUGCCCUCGUUGAAGUUCUACCAUGACUUUGAUUGCGAACUGGAGAGCUGUAGCUAUGCGUUUGGAGCCUGCUGGGAGCCGGUGAUGGCUCAGUGUAAUCUGAGUUUCGAGAAGAUCUCGGCUCCCUCGAAGGAUCCAUCGCCCCCGCUCCCCUUCUGGGAUAAACUUAGGCUGUUGCUGCAUGGUCGGCUCACUCUGAUAGCCAAGCAGUUCACCAUACUGCUCCAUGCCUCCCUGGACCCGUACAACACCACGGAGGAAAUGGAGCUGACCUGGAACAACUGUGGUAUUGUGCUGACGAAUGCCAAGAUUAUGUUUAAAGGGGAGCUUAAUGUCACGGUACGAACUGCCUCACGUUACGACGAUUGCCGCCUGCUGCACUUCCCCAAUCUUAAACUUACGGUCAAGCUGAAUUGGGUAUGCCUGGCUAAUCCGAACGAUCACCACGCUGUGAUGCCCUGUGCCCCGGACAAGCUGCCGGAGUAUUCCAGCAACCAGGUCCACGACUCCUUCAGGGCUUUCCGAUCGCUGAACCUCAACAUUUGGAUAUCCUUUGAAACGAAACCCAAGGCGGGAGACGAUGUGGAAAUCGAUAUACCCAGUCUGGUGCUGUACGGCAGUACAUUGCGUUGGUUCGAAAGCCUCCAGUUGAUUCUCUCUGGAGUAACCAGACCGACGAGGCGGGGUCCUGUUUUCAACAAUGUCAGGCCGAGGAAGAAGCCCCUCAGCCGGCACUACAAGAAAGCCAACCUGCAGAUGUGCCUACACAAGUUUCAGGUGCUCUACUGGAUGUCGCACGCCUUGCAGAAGGGCUUUCAGCUGAACGGCCGGCGGGUGUCCUUCAGUUCCGAAUACUCACUUACCCUGAAUCCCAUUGAUGAUGGCCUGAUCCACCGACCUCGAGCGGAUUGGUCGACGGUGUACAUGAACUGCGAACUGAACGAUGCGGAGAUCUGGCUGAAGAGCAUUGUGACGGAGAAGCUGGACAGCAGCUCCGAGAACUUGGCUGCCAGUGCAGCGGAUUUCAAGAUUGUGAGGUUCUACUUCCUAAGCGUAGCUAAGGUAUCCUAUGGAAGAGAAGCACUAAUUCCCACAGCGGCCAAUAACACCGAGGAGGAUGCCAAGGCCAAGUCCACCACACCGACCCAUAAACUAGUGGUUUAUGACCUGAAAGGAGCCUGGACCAAGAGUAAUCGUGACGUGGCUUUCGCCCUGUUCGACUCCUUUAUGAAGUCCCAGAAGCUGAAGAACAAUCUCUCCACGGAAGCUGUGAAGAGCUAUCGGAAGGAGGGCGGGAACUCGGCUGUCCUUAAGCACCAGCGAAGCGAUAGCACCAUUACCCUCUCCAGCACCAGUAGCGAAGUCUUGCCGAUUUCCAAUCCGAAUGCGUCGCUUAAGAAGGCACCUGGACAGGUCCAUGCCACGGCUAUGUUGCAGCAGCUCAUUGCGGAGGCGGACCACAAGUUUAAUGUCUACAGUGAUGAUCACAGCACCCAGUCCAGGGAGCUCCAGCUGCAGGGCCUGCAGGCUUGCGCAGCCCAGGAUGUAAUCCACGAGAACUGGUCCAUUAGUCUGGUCAACAGCCAGGUGUUACUCAAGGGCUGUGAGACGUCCGGCUAUGUGAUCAUUAGCGCGGCCAAGGCAGAGAUCCUGCAGAGGGAACACCGACCGGUUUGGCGGGAACGAUCGCUGAUUACCAAGACCACCUGGAAGGGAUUGCUCGAAUGCAUGCAGUACUAUGCCACCGUGAGCGCCGGCGACAAUAAUUCUCUGCUCGAAAAGGAGAUUAUGUGGCUGACUGUGGACAACAUCCAGGACAAGGACGAAACGGUGAUCAAUAACAUGCCCGAGGACAUAUCCCAUUUGGUGGGCAGUGGACGGAGCGUGGGUGGCGUCGUCUCCGAAACAGUCGGAGCGAUUCUGAGCGAUAAUUCUGGAGGGGCUCAGCCGGUACAGCUGCAGCGCAUCGUCUCCAAGUGUAAAUGCGAGUUCUUCUAUGUGAGCUACGGCGAUGCUGUCGACCCGAAUAGCAUAACCGAAGUUCCGCAAGCCCACACCGAGGAGUUGCUUUCUCCGUGGGAGAAACAGGAUGAUCCCGUGGACGCCUUCACGCUGAUGCAUCACGAUCUGGAUGUGUGCACCAACUCGCUGCAGUACGCCAUGAUCCUGGACAUAGUCAACAACCUGCUGCUGUAUGUGGAGCCUCAAAGGAAGCAGGCGGCAGAGAAGCUCACCCGGAUGCGUUUCCAGCUCCAGUUGCACUCCACCGAGGAUCAAAAGCGGCCCAUCCAGCAGAAGCAAACGCUGAUUCGCAGCCUGCUGAUGAAGAUUCGUUCCUUGGAGAAGGACAUACACAUGAUCAGCAAGGAGAGGUUCGAGGAUGGCGACACCAUGGAGCUGCGCAUCGAAUUCGAUAAAGUGCAGCAACAGAUCCGCGAGAGCAAGGAGGAGCUGAACACCUACAGCGAGGAUUUGGACAUGAUGCUGCUCUGCUACAAGGAGACGCAGCUGUCCCAGCUGAGCAAAGUCUCGAACGUGAGGUCCGAUAAAUCGGUUACCAUGGUGCGGGCCAACGAGAUCUGCUUCAAGCGGGCUCAGUGGCGGCUCACGGAGACGGAUGGCCAGAUCGGCAUAGCUGAUCUCGUCCUCAGCGCUUUCCUUUACACGAAAAAGUCCAAGAGCGACGAUUCGGUGGAGCACUUGCUGGAGCUGGGCAACAUACGCAUGGAGAAUCUUUUGCCCAGGGAAAUCUACAGGGAUGUGCUAUUGGCGACGGAAAUUCAAAAGGACAUGCCAGUGGACACGCACAAGAGAGUCCUCCGAAUCUUCUGCCGGGAAAAGGCGCCAGUCGGUGGUAUUUCGGUGAAGGAACACUUUGAGAUCAAUGUGGCGCCCAUUACGAUAGCCAUCACCAAGAAGUUUUACAGCACCAUGCUGAAGUUCUGUUUCCCGGAUCGAGAUGCCUCCGAGACGGAGGCCAGCGACGAGCUGGACGACAAUGCCUCCACCAGUUCAGCGUCCACAACGAAUUUACAGGCCAAGUCCUCCACUUCCUCGUCGACCAAACGGUCGGGCAAGAACAAGAAGGGCCCCAAGGACUCGGAGUUCUAUGUGAAAAUCGAGAAGGACGAUGUGGAGAAGAUGAAGGAGCGAGCGGAGAAGAACAAGCUCUUCAUCUACAUCAAGAUUCCCGAGGUUCCUGUGCGUGUCAGCUACAAGGGCAACAAGGAGAAGAAUCUGGAGGACAUCACCGACUACUCGCUGGUUAUUCCCACACUGGAGUACCACAAUGUCACCUGGACGUGGCUGGAUCUGCUUCUGGCGAUGAAAUCGGUCAGCCGGAGGGUGAUAUUCUCGCAGGCCAUCAAGCAGAAGCUACAUAUCCACCAGCGAACGCCGAUCCUGUCCGCCGGAGAGCGGGCCACCCCUCAGGAGGAGGACAAGGCCAUAAUGCUGUUUGGUAAUCGAUUGCUGAACGAAAACAAAAGCCAAAAGAAGAGCGGUGUCUUCAAGUUCUCCUCGAGCGGAAAGUGA